GGCGUCGAGCGCGGGGAAAAAGAAGAUAAAUAUUCGCUGACAGUACAGUAUACAGUUAAUUUUGUAUAUUUUGUUGAUGUUUGUCACAUUCCUCCAUAAAAGCGUAGAUUGAAUGGCGUUGCCAUGAUUUCGGACUAGGAGCAUGAGGCAUGAAGGACGAUUACAUCGGAGAAUGACUGGUGGCAUAUGAAGAUAAUUUUGUAAACAAACCAGCUGACUACGUACCGCGCCAAAUAACAACUUACCUAACAGGAUGGACCAACGACGCCAAAUUCAUCAAGUUAUAGGGUUGAUGCAGAAAAAUCUGGAAUGUGUGAUAUGCUUAGACAUCAUGAAAAAGCCUGUGUCUACAAAGUGUGGUCAUCAGUUUUGUGGAUUUUGUUUGAGAGAAUUUCUGAAAACAAAGAAGUCUGUACCUUGUCCUCUCUGUAAGGAGCCUGUUACCAAAAGGAGUUUAGUGGACAGACCUCACCUUUCAGAGAUAGUGGACAAUGUGCGGUCACUUGUAACUGCCGUCGAGCUGGACAUUGGUCACUUCUCCCCAGAGAGAGGACUACAGCUGAACUUUCUACCUUCCACUCCAGAAGAGCUCCCCACCAGCAGACAGACUCGGGGCAGCAAGAGGAAGGAGAAAGAAGAACCUGUUACUACACCUCAAGAUGUCAGGACCAAGAGAAGGAAGUCGGACACGACAGGGUUGUGUCAGGGUCAUCUUACCAAACAGCCUACAAGGAGGUCAGAUACCACAGGUCAAGGUCAGCAGAGGUCAAAUACCACCGAUCAAGGUCAGCCAAGGUUGGAUAUCACAGAUCAAGGUCAACAGAGGUCAAAUACCUCAGGUCAAGGUCAGCAAAGGUUAGAUACCACAGAUCAAGGUCAACAGAGGUCAAAUACUACAGGUCAAGGUCUACAGAAGUCAAAUAAAGAUCAAAGUGACCUGACUAGGAAUCCAAGCACUGAAAAACACACCAGAGAAAUGAGGUCGAACGAUCGCCAGCACCUACUUGAAGAGAUCAAGAGAGCAGAUAUGAAGUCAGUCAGUCCAGAAACACACAGCGUACCUACAGGUGAUACCCAAACAGUCGGAGGCAGUGGAAAGAAAACUAAGGACCUGUCGCACCCUGAACAGAGUCCAAGUAGAAUCACCAGGUCCAGACAGAAAUCAGCCGACUGUAGACAGACUAGAAAUUCAACACAGGAUUGUCCUGAUAAUGACAACUUACUGCAGUAUCUCGCUAACGAGUCAUGUGGUGCUAUGGAAACAAAACGGCAAGAUCGACCAGAAACCGACCAAAAUUCAUGCGAUCCAUUACUUGUGGACAUUCGUUACGGAAGUUCUGAUGACAAUUCUGAUGUGGACAUGAUUUACAGCAAUGUGACGGAAGAGAAGAUUGUGUGUGAAGAGGAAAACAUUAUCGAGAAUGAGGAGCCAGUUGGUAAAGAUUUAAUUUCAUUGGGGAAGAAAACCAAGAUGUUGAAAGAUAAGAUACAUCAAGCAGGGUCAGUGACUGGUGAUGGAAUCAAUGAUAAAGACGGUACCUCUGGAUCAGAAGUCAAAAAUGCUACCAGUUCUGAUGUUGUACAGCAGGAAAAGGAUGGAAAUUUGAACAGUAACAAUUUAAACACAACCACAUCGAUUGAUAUGCAGUAUAAAGAAAAUUCUGAAUAUAGGCCAAAGAAAAAAAUGCUGUUCAGAAAAAAACAAAAAACAGGUGUUCAAGAAGAAGAGGUUAUACAGUUGUCCGGUACCAGUUCGGGUGGCAGUUGUCACGGUAUUUUCGACAAACGUAAUAGUACACGUACCUACGGCAAAAAGCAGGAUUCUAAACUGGAGAAAGAUAGGAUAGUUAAAAAAUGGCUGAAAUCAGCCUCCCCAAAUGUGGAUGAAUUUGCCGACGCUAACAGCAUGCCUGUUGUUGAAACACAGACGGGAGAGAUCUCACUGGCUUCAGCUACAAACAUGUGUGUGGUAGGUGAGAAUGUGACGAGUAGCGGUGUUGGAAACCCAUUAAAGCUGAAUGUUUCUGUCGAUCAGGAGGCAGGACUGGUUGUAAACAGCAGAAAGAAAAUCUUCAAAACCAAACUUGAUCAUCCAGUGGGUGUGGCUACGACAGUCCAACAUGUGAACGGAAAAGGAAAGUUCGUUGUUCGAAAAGUUUCUCCCGUCCGCGUGGAACAAACAUUGGAGAAAAGCAAAUGGGCCUUGGAAACGAAAUCUGGAGAAAAGUGGAGUGAUCCUUAUGAGUUCAAGCCAAGUCAAAAGACUCCCAAGACAAGUAAGGGAAAGAAAAAGGUGCUUGUGAAAAAAGAUGCCAAGAAAUGUCGCAAACAUCCUAUCAAUAUCCAGAUAGGAGACAGCACAGCAACCCUCAAAGAGAAAGAGAUUGAUCUGACCUUACAGGCAGGCUCAAGAGAAGAUAUGCAGGGGUCAAGGUCAAGUCUGAGGUCAAGGUCAAAGGAAAAUAUAGAAGACAGUUUUAAUCACUGCAGCAGCAGGAGAAAGAAGCAGAGCAAGGUUAAAUCACAUGGUGUGCUGCCACAGGGAACGGAAGAUGUGGAAAAGAUUAUUGAAGAAUUAAAUCAGGCUGAGGCUUUUGACUUAGUUACAUGUACACAGGAGGCAAAAGAUCAGAUCGUGGAAAACAGAAACAAUUCUCCACAGAUUGCGGAAGAAAGAACUGGUGAUGGAGAAAGAAGUGACGGAGAAAGAAGUGACGAGGAAAGAUGCAUGGAGCCAGGUAUUGAAAGCCUGGACAAAAUUAAAGACACACAAGUAGAGACAGACAUUAGAAUUGUAAAUCAUGACCAUCCACAAUCUGCAACAAACAACGAUAAAGUUCUAGCAGCCAUACAGACAGAGAUGGAUAAUGAAAAUAAGAAAUGUGAUGAUUCGGAAUUUGCAACAAGUAGUGUCAACAUGAUUGCAGACACAUGUACAGAGAAAAAUACUGAUACAGAAAGUCGAAAAUGUGACCAUCCAAAAUCCUCAGCAAAUAGUGUUGACAUGAUUUCUGAUACAGAGACGUCAACUCUGCAGCACACUGAACCUGAGACAGCGCAUUCUAUAGAUGUUCCUGACACACAAUUGGAGGAUUUGCCUGGCAGUCACGGUAAAAUUCCACCUCCACCUGUAUCACACAAGGCUGUGAUGAGUGAAGAAUUGCAGGGUCAGAGUGAUUCUGGUGCAGAGGGGAAAUGCAGAAGAAAAAAGCAGGAUGUAGAAGGUUCUCAAGGUCAGGUGGCGGGCAGAGUUAGUACCGAGGGAGACGCAGAGUAUGGGAGUUUAGUGAGUGAUGCAUCCUGUGUUCCCAAUACUGACGACAGUGUCGUGUCCAGACGUACGAAGAAACUCCGGAACAGUCUUAAGUGUAGGAAAUCUGUGACGUUUACAGACAAAGUCCAGCACAUCCUGGAUCAUGACAACUCACAGGGCCACGCAGGGAGAGAAACUAGAGGAGGUAGGUCAAUGGGAAGUGAAUCCAGAGGUCACUCCCAGGGCCAGCUGGAUAGAGGAACCAUGGCCAGAGGGCAAAGGUCAAAGGAAAACUUAAUACAAGCUCUACAGCAGAAUGGAUUGUCGUCACCUGGUACUGGAAGUCAGCAGGUAACUAUGGCUGAAAUCCAGUGUAUCCAAGGUGAGCCUGGACAGAACGACGACCAUAGCCAUCGGACCAAGAGACAUUUGUCACAAGGAAACGUGAACGACGCAACUAAUUCCUGCAUUGCUGACACUCUACCAGACAAGAUGGGAGACAGCCGUUCUCUAGGUAACGGUGGUAAGUCUGGUGGAGUUGAACGAGCUCACUUACACUCGCCAACCUCUCGAAAAAACACGGAGGAGGAAAUGGUCGCUGUUCACUCCCAAACAUUUGACCCAGAACAAGAAUUUUACACAGAGUCUGAGAUGUUGGAAGACAGAAUUCCAGAUACAGAUGCUGAAACUGUUCAUCCAUGUGGGGAAAAUACACUAGAAUCUGUUAGUACACAGCCUCCUUCUGAUGACCUUCAGUUUGGUGUGAGGAGUGGCUCGAACGGCAUCUCAGAAAGUUCAUCAUUUGGUAAGAAUUCAAGAGGAAAUAGAAGCAGAAAAACUCGAGAGACUCUACCGGAUAAAUCCCCAUUAGUUGUCAUGGAGACUCAGAUGAGUGGAAGUGCAUCAAGUGGGUGCGAGACAUUAGGGACACAGGAAAGUGUUUCGCUUCUUGUUGGCAACGAUUUGGGGCGAAUAGAAAAACCUGAGGCUGAAUUGGCAGGAACAGGAUGUGUGACAGCAGAGAAACAACCAGACAAUAGUUUUACAAAAAUAUCUUCUAAACGCUUGUCACAGGAAUGCUCUGUGGAACACAGCCAUAAUGGAAAGGCAGAGGAGGACUCUGUUCAACUUGUGUCACAAAGGAAUAAACUGAAACGGCAAAGCCCGAGAAUGAAGUCACACUCCUUAACAUCUCCACAACUUCCUGGAUACAGUGCUACAAAAAAGAAGCCUAGUUGCCAAGACGACAAACCAAGCUCCGGGGUCGUUUGUGCCGAGUCUGAGGUCAUCCGUGGAGAACACAGCACCACAAGUUCGGGAUCAACUGUCAUUCCUGCGACCGCUCUGGCUUCAAGAGACUCAACUCAGAUUAUUCAGAUCUGUAAAAUGGAGAACGAACCACCAAGAAGAGGCAACAAGAAAAAUAAUGUGAUAAACAUGUCAACAGAUACUUCAGCUUCAGGGAAUGUUAAUGACAUGUCAUUAUCAGAAGUUAGUACAGAAAAUUCAAAGUCAAGGAAGUUAAGGUCAAGUUCAAGGUCAUUAGAGAAAUGUUGCAGCAAGGAGGAAGUCAUUCAACAGAGGUUUAAGGAAUCUGAGGCUGUUUGGAGUCAACAGGGAACUCAAGGUCAACAAAAUGGCCAAGGUCAGAAGGGCAUCCAAGGACACGAUGAGAAGGAAAAUGACAAACCGUCGGAAAGUGAUAUCAACCAGAAUACUGUUCAGGAAGAAAUUGAAGAAAGAGCCACGAAACUGGUCGAUGCGAAACUAAAAACUGAUGAGUCUGUGGACUUGGAUGACCUCACACCAACCUUAAAGCCUGUAAAAAAAGGUCACAACCGUACGCGUGUCACUAGACAGACUUGUUCUCCGGAGGACAUAUUUGUGAUGGACUCCGAAACAAUGGCAAGUGGACAAGCCUCGAGUGUUGUUCAGAAUCAGGAAGGGGUGAUAAAUCUGACAUCGCUACAGUUACUGGACCCCUCUCAGCCUCAAUCAUUGGACAAGGACACAGAACUAAGCGAUUGUGGUGACAGUGAACAUUCCGUGAUGGAAACAAGUCAAUCUAUAGAAAUUUUAGACGAAAAAAUGAAUGAGGUUAAUCAUGUGCAGGAUAAAAAAUUGUGUGUCGAAGAACAAGAAGAUGUGAUGAUGGAAAAAUACAAAAUGGACGAAAAGGAAGUUGUGAAAGAACAAGGCAACGUUAAGAUGACUGAUGAGGUCGGAUCGAGCAGAAGUAAAGGGGAAAAUAGUCGCAAAGAAGUGUGUAAGAGACACAAUGACAGUGAUCCCGACUCCGAUCUGAGUCAGAGUCAGAGUCGACAGACGAGGGAAACAGGAGUUCGAUGUAAGCGAGGAUUGGCUACCAGAAAAUGGCAACUAGAAAGCCAAACUAAUUCUUGUGAAACAAGUGCUUCGAGUUCUAAGGAAAGAGAUUCUUUAAAAUCACCAGGACGACCAAGUUGUGAUGAACAAAAUAGCAGAAAAAAGGACAAGAAAUUAGUAUCAAGUGAUGACUUUAUAAACAAAGAGAUACCUGUUAAGACUCAGUCCCUUUUGAAUGACAGCAGAACAGUUUCCGAUAAUCUGAACAUGAUCAGCUUAAAAGAAAAAUUUAAGAAGACAUUUAAAAAAUGCUCAAGUAGAAGUCCAAAUUUAAAUAGAGUGAUUGGUUCUUUUCCAAAGCCUGAGCAUUCACCUCAUCAUAACCACACUGUACAGCAGAAAGAAAACGGUUCACUUGUCUCAGAUGAAGAUGAAAUGGAGACACCUGAUAUUGUGGAUAAGGCAGAGCAGAAGUCGGAGUCCGUCAUUGUGAUACAGGAUUCAUUUCCAUGCAGCAGGAGAACAACGAAGGAAGUUAAUUCCUCUAGGCAGACUGGCAAAAGUCACUCUGCAAACUUGGUACAGAGAAGUUCCGAUAGGAAAAGAGGCAAAGAUUCUCCAAAGAUGUCAGCCUCCCAAGAGAGUGCAGAAGACAAGUUGCAUCUGUCAAGUGUUUUGGACAAGUCUGAGACAGAUGAGACAGAUGAGACUUCCAGCUUUGAGGGACAAAGGAGUCGUGUCAUGGGACGAAAACAGCAACGGCCUGUGAUAGAGGAGAGUGAAGAUGAGAUGUGCGACGCCAGCUCACCACUUCCUGAUGUCGUUCUGAACGGCUGCCAACAGACAUGUACAGACAAGGAUCCUGACCUGAUGAAUGUUAGCCUGGAGUCGGCUCACAGUGAGGGAGAGGACAGAGCAGAGGAGCCCGACAACGAUAAAGAAGGAACCACAGUCAUUGCUGAGAGUGACGAGGAGAGAAAUAACGAUUACAGCUCAUCUGAGGAGAGUGAUUCUGGUCGACGCCUCAACCUGACUUCUUCGUCAGCGUUUUCCAGUCAGAGUGAGGCAAUGACAACACAGAAUAGGAAGGCUUUAGAAAAGGAUCUAGAAAAGAUGAAGCGGGACAUAGCAGAGCUAGAGAAACAGCUUGCCAAUAAACCAAAUCAAAAUGGCCGGUCCACACCCCAGUCGAGCAGUAAGAGGAAGGAUAAGAAGCCGAAUAUGGAUUUAAACAAAGAGCAGGUUGUGUCCGAGGAUUCUGACAAAGAGCGGGUUGUAUCCGAGGAUUCUAACGAGGAACGGGUACUAUCCAAGGAUUCGGACAGCGAUUUGGUAUUGGAGGUGGAUGGAGAUGGCCUGAAUGACGGGUCUGAAGGUGAUUUAUACGAUGGUAUGAUCGACUUGGUGACGAGCUCUCCUGUCAUCAAAACAUCACAGGGAAGCCGAUUCAUAGAAGUCGAGGAUGGAAUGGCGGACUGGCAUGAAGGUGAUGACCUGUUUCUCAGCCCUCUACCCCCUUCACCUCCCCCCACACCCUCACAGCCGGGGAAAAGGCCACCAAGCAAGCUCUCACAAGAUCAGGCCCCCAUAUUGUCCAGUCCCUGUGGUAAUACCGGGCCGCUGAAGGAGGAGCUCACUUCACCGAAAACCGAUGAUGUUGACCACAACAGCCAAAGUCGACAGAGAGGAUUCGUAACGACAGGGCUGACAUACUUACAGACAAGAGAGAUACAGAAGCUGGCACUACAGAAUGAUGACAAGUUCUACGCUAAGUUCAACCCCUCCAUCACACAUGUCAUUGUCAAAACAGUGCCUCAAGGGGGAAGAGUCUGUGAAAGGACUCUGAAGUUCUUUCAGGGCAUGGCUCAUCAGUGUUGGGUGUUAGAUUACCAGUGGAUUGCUGACAGUAAGGGUGCUGGACAUCUACUGCCCGAGGAUAAGUACGAGAUUGUUGGCGACACCAUCACGGGGAAUUGUCACUACGGCCCUCGUCAGUCGCGCCUCAGCAGUCAACCCCUCUUUGAUGGGUUUCACUUCUUUUGUCUCGGAACAAGUGACAGCUUAACGACCGAAAAUCUACAAGAAUUGAUUGAGAGGUGUGGGGGCACUGUAGUAGACCAUCCGUCAGCGUUUCCUCCCGAUACAAAGCUGAACUUAGCCAUCACAUGUAUUGACCUCGAAGAUGAAGAUGAUUUGCCAUCACCAGAAGACACAAGAUCGUUCAAUAAGUUGCACAAGAGGUUUGGGUUGCUGACCGUGUCCAGAGAGUGGGUACUGGAUAGCCUGACCGUCUACACAGUCCAGCCCCUCAAGGAGUAUGUGUUAACAACUGUCAGACACAUACAAAUACCAGACCUGGUCUUAGGAUCGAAGACAUCUUGACCACUCUCCAGCUGAGAGGAAUACC